AUGCGGCCAUUCCGUGGUCCUUCGCGGCUCUGGGAUCCGACGGCUUGUCGGAUGAGCAUAGGCAGCCAUCCUCAGGGCUCGUCCUGUGGCUGCUCGUCUGCCAGGACUUGCACACCCACAUGUCUCCCGAGUUGGUCUUGUGAGCAGCUUCACGGAGGCGAAGCGGAUCCAAAGGCCUAUAAAACCAGCGGCCUUUCCCCCCUGUUCUCCAAUCCCCAUCCCUCACCAUCCACCACUUUGUACAUAGCACCUACCACACCGGAAUUCCUUCCCUCCACCAGUCUUUCCUUUCAACCAGCAAAACCCCCCACACCCGCCGCCAUGUUGUCCACUGUUUACGUUGCUUGCCUUUUGGCCACCGCUGCCUUUGCUACCCCCACCACUCACGCUCCUCGUGGCUUCGCCCAAUACUCGCAAGACGCCGCCAGUGCUGAUCGGAGCCACGCCUCGCAAGCGUCCUCCACCCCAUGGAGCAAUAGCAUGAGCAGCUCCGACACCAGCAACUCUGUCAACAGCCACAACUCGGGCUCCGUUUACAAUGGCGGUCUCGGCAAUGGACUCGCGUUCGGCGGUGAUGUUGACCCAGGCUUUGGCGGAGCGGCCGGCUUCGGUAACUUUCAAGGCGGCGGCUACAAUGCUAUGAGUGCCAACAGCGCGAAUGCCAACAGCUUCCAGGCUGGGGGAUACCAAGCUGGAGGUCUCGGUGGUUUCGGCGCCGGCGGCAGCAGCUUUUCGUCCAGCCAGCAAAGCUCGAGCGUCUCGUCGGUCAGCUCCAGCUUCCAAAGCUUGAAUGGGCUCAUCGGCGGCUUCCAAUCCCAGCUCGCGGCCGGCCAGCUCACUCGGGACCUCGCGUUCCAGCGAUGCCAGCAACUUGCCCAGUCCCUCCAGGCCGUCUUGAGCCAAGCCACCAACUGUGCCACUUGCUUCAACAUCGGUCAAUUCGGCAGCAUCGCCUCGAGCACCUUGAUCCAGUUCACCAACUUUGUGAGCUCGUUGCAAACCAGCUUUGAUGGAAGCGCCUUCAGCCGAAUCGCGUCUCCCUUGUCGGGUCUCACCUCGUCCUUCCAGCAGUUCUUCCAGAGGACGUCCGCUUCCUCUGCGAUCAGCACCAGCAGCCUCAUCCCGCAGAACUUCGGCCCGGUCUUCCAAGGCAUCAUGCCCUCGGUCGUCCAGCAGUUCAGCGCCAACAGCUUUAACCAGCAAUCCAGCAGCAACAGCUUCCAGGCUGGUGGGUUCGGCGCCGGCGGCAGCAGCUUCUCGUCCAGCCAGCAGAGCUCGAGCGUCUCGUCCGUCAGCUCCAGCUUCCAAAGCUUGAACGGGCUCAUCGGCGGCUUCCAGUCUCAGCUCGCGGCCGGCCAGCUCACUCGCGACAUCGCGUUCCAGCGAUGCCAGCAACUCGCCCGGUCCUUCCAGGCCGUCCUGAGCCAAGCCAACAACUGCGGCACCUGCUUCAAAAGCCCGGGCCAAUUCGGUAGCAUCGCCUCGAGCACCUUUAGCCAAUUCACCAACUUUGUGAGCUCGCUGCAGACCAGCUUUGGCGGAGAUGCCUUGAGCCAAAUCGCGUCUCCCUUGGCGUCGCUCAGCUCGUCGUUCCAGCAGUUCUACCAACGGACCUCGGCCUCUUCGGCUGUCAGCUCCACCAGCAUCUUCCCCCAGGACUUCGCCUCGGUCAUGCAGCCCAUCAUGCCCUCGCUCGGCCCAGUCUUCCAACAGUCGGCCUUCCAGAAGAAGUAG